ACGAUAAUACCCAUUCCUUUCCCCGGGAAAAAAAAUUUCACCACUUCCACAGUAAACAAAAGGUCAAAAAACAAAUUCCGUUGAUGCAUUUCACAUUUUCACUGAUUCAAAUUCUGAAGCUGCGAAAGAAAGAAUGAACUCGAAGUCGAAGAAACCCGCAUCCACAUCGAUUAGGGUUUUCGGACAGCGAUCCAUAGAUUCAACUUUCCAUUCUCUUCCAUCCAAUCCCUUUAAUGAUUCUGAAAGAAAUGCGAGGAAUGAAUUAGGUUCACGAAAGAGCCAGAACGCGCAUGUUUCUCUCUCCAACUUCCUCGACCGGAAGCUGCCAAAAUCUUCUUCCAUUCUUUCCCAAACAGUUCAGGGCAAGUCAACACCUUUUCUGUCACCUCUGGGUCUAAGAAUACCCACGGUGGAGCAGACGAUUCCUGUAGUUGAAGAAAAGAGGUGUGGUAAUGCCAAUGACCAAAGGGUUUUUGAAAGGUUCAAGCAAACUGAAGAAAAGGAAGACUUUGUGGGUUUUCUUUGUGCUGAUGAAUUAGAAAAUUCAGUUUCAGUAGCAGAUGAAAGUCAGGAGUCAAGGAAAAGGAAAAAUCCAUUUGAAGGUGGAAUUCAGAGCCAAACUGUUCGAAAUAAUGUAGUGGUUCUUGGAGGUGAAUCAAAGUUCAAGCAGAAGGGACAGAAAGCACAAAUUGAAAUUAAUUCUAGCAACAAAAAGCCAAAACCUCUCUAUAAUCACUAUGCAAAUGGUCGCGGCUGGUGGGACUAUGACAUGGAAGGUGUUGACAAUGAGGAAUUAGGUUUCAGUGAAGUAUGGGAAGGAGUUGGAUCCACAACACUUGGAGGUAUAGCAGAUUGGCAUUAAUUUUAUGUAUGUGUAUGUAAGUUUAUGUCCACUAUCCCUAGCUUAACUUUACAUUUGACAUUAUCUAUA